ACUGUAAGUUUGCUGCUCUCUUCAUACAUUCUUCGUGUCACGACGGUUCCUUUGGUGCGGGAAGGAACCGUGCAUGCCUCGUCUUAUCUACGAGAUUAUAUUACCGAACCCUAGCCCUUUGCUAAUUCAUAGGCUGCAGGGCGAUCGAAGAUAACGAUUCUAAACAAAGACGCACGUCCUUCCGUCAUCUGCACUUCCAAGGGCUGUGCACUUACCGCUUCUUCGUAAUUCUCAGCUCGUAGCAAUUGCGCACCACGACGAACCGUGCGCGAUUUUGAGUCGUGAGGCUUUUAAUAAAUAUACAUACAUCCUAUCUCGACAUGGCUACCCAUCACGUCCGCCAUCCAUCGCAUCAUUCGAAGAAAGCGCAUCCAAACCACCCAAGGCCUUCAAAGCCCGCCCCUUUGUCGAAACGUUCAGCAUCUCACGGAAGGAAAGCUCAGUCGCACACCGCUCAGCACCGCGAAGUAGUUGAAGACGAAGACGAAGAUCCGAUGGCCGUGAGCUUUUUGAACUACUGCACUGUCUGCGAAAAGCAAAUCAUUGUACCAAGCAACUCAGUAUUAUAUUGCUCAGAGAGCUGCAAGAAGAAGGAUGCCGAGAAGAGUCUCACCUACUACGACUACUCACCACCAACAACACCCUUCUCCAACUUCACGUUUGACGACUUGCACUUCCAUGAUAUCAUCCCGCAGCGCUCGCCUACUCAAUCACACUCGAAGCGAAACUCCUAUGCUUCUUCGGAAGGUUCGAUAGAUGAAGACUAUCACCGCUCAGACUCUGACGCCUCCAACUACCUUCGCCAGUUCCAGAACAUCGCGAAUGGGACUGAUACAGUGCGACCCGUCCGACCUCGUUACGAGCGUGCAUCAACGUCGUCGGCCAACUUCAGUGCUGCGCCUUCCCUGUCGCAUACCCCCACAUCAUCGUACAGUUUCUCACUCCCUUAUACGCCAUAUACUCAAGCUUCCAACAACCGACCGCUUCCACCCAGGACACAUGGCUCGUCAUACGCAUCAAAGUCCAUCGACCUCGUCACCCCUAUGACUGGCCCUUCUAGUCCUAAGCAAUAUUGGCACAAGGCGCCACCGGUCUCGAGGACAUCUAUGAGCACUAUCGAGGGCGAGAUCAUGUACGCGAAAUCGCCUGUACCAUCGCUGUCGCCUGCCAAUGGGAGUCUUGGCCUACUGCUUGGGACGACACCCAGGCAGUAAAUCACCGCUUUAUUUCACAACACCAACCUUUACAUAUACGGAUUUUAAUAUAUCGUUCCGAAGAACUGCUAUGCAGGCGUAGCUUGGCAUGACAGCGUUGUCUUUACAAAAGUUAUUUAUCGAACAUACUAUGCGUAUCGCGCCAGUGCGGACGAGGGCAUGGAACAGGAAUUAGAUAGUCAUCACAUUAGCAAUACAGCAAGCACUCAACGUGCUACAUCCCAACUCAAUAACAAGCUGUCAAGCGUA